AUUCAUGUGAAAACGUCGUCUUUUCUGCUUCACAAACAAACACCAUCAGCUCACAGACAUCAAGCUUCAUAGUAUCGCAAGGUUGUCAUCAUGGCCGACAAGCUCAAGGAAACAGCCAAGCAAGAAGUCGCAGCUGCGUCGAAACAAGCCAACGAAGCAGUCAGAUCUGGAGCUUACCUCUACCCGCUGAAGGGCAUCUUCUACUUCUGGACACACAAGUCACUAUGGAAGCCGUUCCUCAACCGCCUUCUUCCCACUAUGGGCCUCGGCAUGGGCGUUACAGUCUUCAUGUUCCUCUUCACAUAUCUUCCCCAGCUUGCGGUUCUGGUCUUCACGUCAGGCCCUCUGGCGGUCGUCACGACCGUUCUCCUGGUUCUGUCGGAGUCGAGCACUCUCACAAUGUUCCUCGCAAGGAACCUUCUCAUCGAGGAGUCGCUGAUCGACACCUUCGAUGGCACUUUGGUCGCACGCGGACACACUGCAAUCGUGGAGAAGGAUCGUCAGGUCAAGUCAUCUGGAUUUGGGGAUGCGAUCGAGAGACUUGGAAAGUUGGCAAGGAAGCCAUUCCAGAAGUUCACGCCAGCUGCAUUGGUCCGCUACCUGAUCUCUCUGCCACUCAACUUCAUCCCUGUAGUUGGUACAGCUAUUUUCAUCACGCUCCAAGCUCGCAAUCGUGGUCCAGCAUUCCACGCCCGCUACUUCCAACUCAAGGGCAUGAGCGCCAACCAGCAGGAGAAGUACGUCGAGGCGCGUAAAGGCUAUUACACGGCAUUUGGUCUCCCGGCUGUCUUGCUCGAGCUCAUUCCGCUUGCUGGUAUCCUCUUCACCUUCACGAACACAUGUGGUGCAGCUCUCAUGGCUGCCGAUUUCGAGCAACAUGGCGAUACAAGCCCAGAGUUGAGGGAAAAGGCCCAAGCCACGAGCUCGAAUUCGAAGAAAUCAUCAUAG